AUGGAUGUAAACCAAAGAUUAUCGUCUUUUCAAGAGAUUUCCAAGACCCUGCUUUCGAAAAUCUUCAGUUCUGUCCCUCGGACGAAACAUAUCGUUAUCGAACCGAGUGUGAUUCGCCCCCUUGAGCGCGUUUGUAGCGUGAGCUGGCUGAAGGGAAACGGCAUUGAGAAGAUAUUUAAACUGGAAGGGAAAUGCCCGAAUUUUGGCAACAGCCCCGUUUUUUACAUGAUUUUCAAUCAAAGGGCUACAUUCCGACGAGUGGUUGAUCAGAUUCGGUCACAGAUCGACCAAGAGAAUCCAGUUAAGAAUAGGUUUCACGUAAUCAUUGUCCCACACUAUCAGCGUUGUUUUGACGACAUGUUAGAAGCACUGGGCUUGUGUUCCAUUAUCAAGUUACACUGCUUCCUUUGGUUUCCUGUCCACUUGGACACGGGGAUUUUAAGUUUGGAAUUGCCCCACAUUUACAAGAAACUGUUUUUGGUGCAUGACUACACGGCCUUGCACCCCUUGGCCAGAGCCCUAUGGAACAUGUUCAGUGUGAUUGGUUUACCAAAGUUCCAGAUAGCUGUAGGCGAAUAUUCGAAUAAAAUUUUGCGCCAGAUUGACUUGCUCGCCGCCGAGAAGGGCGAAACCGAGCGACUUAAUCCCGAGGUGGGGGCUUUAAUCAUAAUUGACAGGAGCGUAGAUUACCCAAGUGCCUUACUAACACCUGGUACCUAUUCCGCUUUACUAAACGAAGUGUACGGAGUUACUACUGGGAUGGUCGAGUGCAAGGAAAGCGAGGAUGAAGUCCGCCUUAAUCCAGUCGUAAAAAAACAGCCGGUGAAAUUCACCCUCGAUAGCAAUCUCGACUCAAUUUACUCCGAGAUAAAAAACCUGUAUUUCACGGAAGUUACGUCAAGUUUGAGGACCAUGACGCGCAAAUUAAAAUCCGAGGCGCUCGAGUCGCGUGACAUGGGCUUAAACGAAAUGCGCCACUUCGUGCAAAAGCUCCUCCAGCCCGCACAAACUCGUAAAAAACUAAUCGCCAAUCAUUUGCUUGCCGCCGAGACCAUAGCCAAUGUCCUCGGCCCGCGCUACGAAACGCAGCGCGAGAUCGAGGCGAACAUCAUCCAGAACACGAACCGCGCCUCCAACUUCUCCCACCUGGAGGAGAGUCUGUGCACGGAAGACGACCCGUGUGUCACACUGCGGCUCUUUUGUUUGCUCUGUGUCACGCAGAAACUCACCGACAGCGAAAUUAAAAACUUCUGGAGGAAGUUUCUACACCAGUUCGGGUUCGCCUCCAGUUCGGCUAUGCGUUAUUUGAUCAACGCUAAUUUCGUGCCGGAGGCGGGGGUUUCGGGACUGCCGAAAAUACGCUUCCCGAAGUUCACAACGAAGGAGUUUUACGCCAAUGCGAAUAAGUUUAAACAGAUUCCGGCUAAUCCGGAGUUUGCCGAUUUGGGGCAUCCGGGGUGUGCGAGUUAUGUCUUUGGGGGGAUUUACAUACCGUUGGUUACGAAAAUCGCGGGUAUGAUCGUUAGUGGCACUCCGAUUGAGGAGAUUAGGAGUAAAUUGGAGGGGCUUGGGAUGGUCACGUUGAGGAGUGGUGACGCCUAUCCUUUGGAAAGGCGGACUGUGCUCAUUUAUUUCGUUGGAGGGGUCACGUAUGCCGAAAUUGCAGCUUGUAAUCUUUUGGAGACUUUCACGAGGGCUACAAUUGUCGUUAUGAGCGACAGGAUUGUCUCAGGAAACGAUUUGAUGAAGCAAAUGCUGUCUUAAACCAUUUUGUAUUAUUUUUUCUACAAAAACAGUCAAAAAAUCACGUUUUUGUUUCAAUAACUUGUACGACUGUUUUGUUUGCCAAAUUCUAUAUUUUGUACCGUUGUUUUUAUUAAAAUAAACGAAAAAAAGUUCAA